AUGUGGCAGAACAAUCCAUAUCCAACAGCAGGGCCAAGCCAGGACCUCCAGGCCCAGCAACUACUACCAAUGCUUGGGCCACAGGGGGAACCUCGUGAACUGGUCCAGGGGAGCCACUACUUGCCAUGUCCACAGAGACCAGACACCAUGACAAUCAUAGGAGGCAACCCAUCACGAGUCAUCGUAGGACCAUGGCUACCCGAUCCUCCGGUACCAGGAAUCGAGGGACCAGGACCAUCUGCAAGGGCAAACUAUCAUCAAGCACCACCUGUGCCUUUACCAGCAUGGCGUCAGGAGCAGAUAAAUACAGGAGUGAAUAAUGGUGAAAGAACCUCCACAAACAUGGAUGAGCUGGUAGGAGUGGGAGUGACCUCAGUUACCAACCAGACUGAUGAUAUCAAUCAAUGUGAUCAGACAGACACAAAGGCUCAUCUCUUCUUCAUGCCGGUCUACAGUCUGGUGUUUGUAGUGGGUUUGGUCCUCAACAGUCUCACCCUGAAGGGUUACUUCUGCUCAGCUCAGCAGCAGGUGUCCAGCAUCAUGAUGGUCUACCUGAGAAACCUGGCAGUCUCUGACUUCCUGCUCUGCCUCUGCCUUCCCCUCCGCAUCAUCAAGUACAUCAGCAGCUCCGUCACCUUCCAACUGGUUUACUGCAACUUUGCCGUCUUUGGAUUGUACCUCAACAUGUACGCCAGCAUCCUGUUCAUGGGUUACAUCGCUGCUAACAGGUAUCUGAAGAUCAUCUAUCCUUUAGGAAAUCACUUCCUGCGGACAGUUCAGGCUGCCCGCAUCAUCUCCACGGUAACCUGGGUGUUCGUGCUGGCCCCAGUGAUCUCAUACGUCACCCUGUCACUCCUCACACAGGAAGCUCCGACUGUUGUCCCUGACAGGUAUGAAAGCUUUCACAGCUCCCAGGUCCAUGUAUUCUACAAAAUCAUCCACAUCUCCUCCUGCAUCACCUUCCUGGUUGCCCUGGUCUCUCUGAUCUUCUUCUACUACAGCGCCUCCCGCAGUGUGUUGCAGGCACAGCAGAGACAGCUGGCAUCCUCCAGCUGCAAGAAGCUCAGGAGGUCACGCAGGAAAAUGUUGGUGCUGGUCAGCGUCUUCUGUGUUUGUUUUGUGCCUUGCCACCUGGUUCGCCUUCCCUACAUCUUCCUACACAGGCAGUGCUCUUUGAGCAAAGUGUUUUACUACCUGAAGGAGCUGACCGUCCUGCUGUCAGUUCUUAAUGUCUGCCUGGAUCCGGUCGUCUACUUCUUCUUCUCUAAGGCGUUCCGGUCCCAGUUGAGCCAUGCGCGUGCCAAGCAGGGGGAAUGA